CUAGGAGUAAAGAAGAUAGAAAUACAGAAUCCACCAUUCUCCUAUCAGAUAUAUAUCCAUAUCGAUUCAACUCACAGGUUUGAUCGUCAUUCGAGGAAAUCGUCAAGAUGGACCAAUCGGAAGAUCUAAACCAAAUGAACAUAGCAAAUCAUCGUUUUUUGUUUCGUAAAAAAAGCAUAACUUUAGAUUGGAAAUGGGACAUUUGUCGUGCGUUCAUUCUACUGUUUUUUAUUAUUAUUAUACUUUUUCCCCUCUUUAGUCUAUUGGUUCUUUGCCCUGAUUGUUUCAAAGACAGCAUGGUUGAGGUUGAAGCUUGGUCUAGAUCAGACGUAAGGGCCUUUAAAGGCGGUAACAUAGAUUUGUCUUUUAACUUUAUCAUUAAGGAUUUUAAAGAGUGUUCCUGGUUUAAAGAAACAGGAAUUCCUAUCACAGGAGAUCAUCGACACAAAAUAACGACAUCUAGUAUUAAUUUAUAUAUAUAUACGUCAACACUGCAUAUAUCGACCAUAGACAAACACGAUUUAGGUCAUUACCAGUGUAUGUGUCGUGGUGGAAAUACACAAACCAUAACAACGUAUUUUAUUGUUCGAUUUGCGGCAGCAGAGACAGUCAGCAGCGUGGUGGCUAUAGGUGGAUUUCUAACCUUCUUGCUGCCUGGUAUUUCUCACAGGGAAUCUUUGGACAUUUAUUAUACAAUAGAUAACAAACUGCCUUCGGAAAAAUUUAAUAUAUUCAGAUGUUCGUGGAUUUUAUAUCCCUUGAUUGUAUGGCAGCAGAAAACAUUUUCUUUGACUUUUGAUAAGAUAAUAGAUCACUCAGACAAAAUGUUGGAGAUGAACAUAUGUCCCAGUCCAGAUGGAUACGGAACUUACAAGUUUUUUAUACGUCGACAAAUUUUUAACAAGGCGUUGAAUAAAUCAGAGACAAAGGAGUUUGAAUAUCCUACCGUGUUUAAAGUCUUGGCUGAUAAAUCACAGCUAUAUGAUAACAGAUUCUUUACUGUUUCGACAAUUAAUAAUGGUCCCCUGGAAUUGAAUGAAUCUACUGCUGGACACAUUCUAGCAGAGACCAGACCUUUCGUUGUUCUUAGUGUCGUUGUUAGCAUUCUCUUUUAUUUAUUUUUAUAUUACCGGGCAGAAACUAUCACGAAUGAUUAUGUCACGGAUCUGUUAAAUCGUCGGCUUGAAAAAAGAUUUUCAAAAUUUCAAAAGAAAUUAUUAGUUUUUUUUAACAUCUCCAGCAUUAUGUUACGGAUCGAAACCGAUAUACAUGUAAUGUUCAAAUACCGUUCUGGGUUUAAACGAGAUAUUAUUCUUAUGAUCAUAUUCAUAUUAAACAGAUAUUUCAAAAUAUUAGGAUAUCUAGGCCUAGGUUAUAUUGAUUUGUUAACCGAUUUUAUACUUAGUUUGUCUGAAACAAUAUUAUUUUUUAAAAUCUUAUUAUUUAACAAGGUAAUGAUUUAUACAUAUGGUGAUCGUGUUUUAGAUGACAAUAUGAGAUCGGGAGCCUUGUGUGGAAUUCCUCCCAUGGAUCAAUUUGUUAAACUUUAUGAUGUUUAUUUAUCUUAUUCUGAUCGAGAUAUUAUAUUCGUUAAAGACGAAAUUCUUCCUAUUUUAAAGGAAAGAGGGUGACGUGUGUUUUUUAAACAUCAGGAUAUAUUGCCCGGAAGGUCAGUUUUAACUGAAAGUGAAAAUGCGAUUUGUUCGAGCAAGGCAUUUAUCGCAGUGGCUACUGACAACUAUCUAAACGAUUUCUGUCUAAAUAACUCUGAAUUAACGCCUAUAAGAGAUGUCGUGAACGAAUCUGGUAUUCCAAAUACUAAUUUGUUAGUUUUGAUUUCACCGACUGGUGUUUGGAAUAAGUAUAUGGUUGAUAAAUAUCCGAAAAUUAUUCUAAACAAUGAUAGAGUUUUAAGUUUGGAAGAAAAAUAUAAAAUUGACUUAUGGCUAAAACACAUUAGUACUAAAUGUUGGUUCCUCAAAACUGUUGCAGUCCGAUCCUUAAUUUAAAUCCGUCAGCUUUUCGAGUAUAGAAGUCGUGGAGCAAGCUUUAUUUUGUAGGUUUUGAUGUUUGAUGACACAAAACCAAUGCUGACAUUUUUUUCUGAGUAUUUCGUCAUAGUAUGGGACGCCAUUAUUUGAAAGAUAGCCAUUUUGCCGUAAUAUUCCAACUUGUAUAUUAUUUUUAACUUAUUUAUAACUGUAUUUCCAUACCCAUUUAUUUAUUAUCUUGUUUAUAAUCAUUUAUAGCUAUGUUGUCAUGCAUUAUUGAUAGGUAUUAAAUUAUGUCUUAUAUAUUAAUUUUAACAUAUAGAUAUGGGGUAAUAUAGGACUAGUCUUUUCCUCAGUCAGCUUUCAGUGAAUAACAUACUGUUUAUAAAAAAACAUCGAUUGUAAAUAUAUAUUAUGGAUAUAUCUUUGAGGAAUAAAUUAUAUUUAAAAUAAAAACAACCCCAAAUCCGAAAGCUUCUUUGCGCAACCUGUUUUGGUGUCUUACUUGAAAGUGAUUCUUAUGAUGACAGUGACAUUGUAUUCUGAAUAUAUUAUUCGACUAUAUCUUAUUCAGAUUAAGAUAUUUCACGGUAGAGAUAUAUUAAAAGAGACAUACUAAGUGACGAACGUGGGAGGUGUUCGUGUUAUAAGAGGACAUUUCCUAUCGAUAAUCAGCAUUCAUCGACAUUCCCUUCCGGAGUUAUCCCAUUGCCAACACUCCCCGUGAGUACUAUACAGGCUUCCAUU